AUGGUGUUUCCGCCGCUCUUGCUCGCGCGUCACCUGGCGCUGUCGUCCACCCGCGCGCUGUCGUCGAGCGCAGCCACGUGGGGCGCGUUCGUGACCAUGGAAAUGCGUCCGAACGGCGUCGCGGUCGUGCGAUUGGACGAUAAGGCGGCCAAAGUCAACACGAUUUCGUCGAAGAUGACGGCCGAGCUGACGGCGAUGCUGGACACAGUGGAGAGCGACCCGAAGAUCAAGUCGGUGGUGCUCAUCUCGGCCAAGCCGGGCGUGUUUAUCGCCGGCGCGGACAUUGCCGAGCUGAGCGCGUGCAAGACAGAAGAAGAAAUGCGCGCGCUGUCGAGCGCUGGUCAGAGCUUUAUGGACCGUCUGGCAAGUUCUCGGAAACCGUUUGUUGCAGCGAUCGAAGGUUCGUGUAUGGGCGGAGGUCUUGAAGUUGCGCUUGCGUGUCACUACCGAGUCGCGGCCCAGAGCAAGAAGACGCAGUUGGCGCUGCCAGAAGUGAUGCUGGGGCUUUUGCCGGGUGCGGGUGGCACGCAACGACUGCCGAAGCUUGUGGGAAUUCAAGCCGCACUGGAUAUGAUGCUUACGGGCAAGAACGUGAAGCCGGACAAGGCGCUGAAGAUGGGGCUUGUGAAUCAAGUCGCAGACGUGUAUGCGCUCGAGAGCGCGGCGGUGGAAGCGGCAGAACAACUGGCAGACGGGCGACUGAAGCAGGCGAAGUCGAAGAAGAAGAGUCUGGUGAACCGCGUAUUGGAAGACACGCCAUUACGUCAAGUAGUGUUUAAAAAGGCUGCAGAGAUGGUGGAGAAGAAGACAGGCGGGCAUUACCCUGCACCGAAGAUGAUUCUUGAAGCAGUUCAAGCAGGUGUCGAGAAUGGACUCGAGAAGGGAUUGGAGGUCGAAGCGACCAACUUUGCUAAGCUGGGCAUGACGAGCGAAGCCAAAGCGCUCAUGAGCAUCUUUUUUGGACAGACUGCACUCAAGAAGAAUCGCUAUGGCAAGCCUGUUAAGCCUGUGGAGAAAAUGGCGGUGAUUGGUGCUGGGCUAAUGGGUGCAGGAAUCGCACAAGUCUCGGCUGCGAAGGGCGUCCGUGUGUUGCUGAAAGAUCGCGAUGCUGUCGCUGCUGCUAAGGGGGAAGACUAUGUGCGCAGCAAUUUGGAGCAGAAGGUGAAGCGUAAACGCAUGAGCACUUAUGAUCGAGACGCUGUGAUGGCAAAUGUCGUGCCGCUAUCGGACGAGGAUGAGGUUUGGAAGACGCAUAUCAAGAAAGCGGAUCUUGCGAUCGAAGCUGUUUUUGAGGACUUGACGCUCAAGCAUAAAGUGCUGUCGGAUCUUGAGAAGUACGUGUCAGAUGACUGUGUGAUUGCGACGAAUACGUCGGCUCUAUCGAUUGCUGACAUUGCAUCGGCUUGCAAACGCCCCGAGAACGUGAUUGGCAUGCACUACUUCUCGCCUGUCCCGAGCAUGCCGCUGCUAGAAAUCAUUCCUCAUGCUGGCACGAGCGAUGCUACUGCUGCAAAGGCUGUUGACUUGGGACUACGUCAAGGUAAGACAGCCAUCGUGGUGAAGGACGUGCCGGGGUUUUACGUGAACCGAUGCCUCGGCCCGUACAUUGCUGAGACGUUGGCGCUGGUGGGGGAUGGCGUCGACCCGGAAAAGCUCGACAAGCUCAUGGUGUCAUGGGGUCUACCCGUAGGUCCCAUUACUCUCGCCGACGAGGUGGGCCUCGACGUAGCCUACCACGUCAAUCAAACGCUGUCAAAAGCGCUCGGCGUUCGCAUGGAAGGAGGCGAUGCUAAGCUGUUUGAAGAGAUGAUUGGUCAGGGAUUUUUGGGCAAGAAGUCGGGGAAAGGCUUCUUCGUGCAGCCUCCAAAGGGUAAGAAGAUUAAGAAGUCUAUCAAUGCUGGUGCCAUGGAGCUUGUGAAGAAACUCCAAAAGAACGAUCUUCAACUCAGCGACGAAGAAACCGUGAACCGACUAAUGGCUCGUUUCGUAAACGAGGCAGUCUUGUGCGUGCAGGAUGAUAUUAUUGCGUCUCCCUCGGAGGGUGACAUUGGCGCCGUGUUCGGCAUCGGCUUCCCGCCUUUCAUCGGCGGUCCGUUUCGUUAUGUGGACAAGGUGGGCAGCACGCAGUUCACGGAGAUGAUGCAGCGCUUUGCCGAUCAAUACGGUGAGCAGUUUGCUCCUGCACCGCUGCUACAAGAUAUGGCCAAGACCAACAAGAAAUUCCACAGCAAUUAG